CCUCCUCAGCCGCCGGUACCGGUUGGAGCCCGAGCGCCGCUGGCCCGCACAUGCGCAUAGCAGCGCUUGAGCUCAGGCCCGGGCCCCCCUCGGGCCCGGGACACCUGCCCCCAGUAGCGGCGGCCACUCGAGCCGGGACCAUGGGCAGCGCGGAGUUAAAUGGCAUCCAGAAAAACCAACGGAUUAUCGACCUUUUGCUGAAUGGAUGGUUAUGCCAUUAAAAAUGCCUGUUCCUUCCUGGAAAUUCAGCAGAAAGUUUGCAUUCAUAGGUUGCUGAAUCUUUUCCAUAUUAAUGGAUGACAUUUGGUAUGUGCACUGCAAAUCCUGGUCUGGGACUCUGUGAACUGUGGGGUGCCUGAUGCCUGUAAUCCCCAUUCCCCGCCGUGUCCGUUCUUUCCACGGCCCCCACACAACAUGUCUGCAUUCAGCCUGUGGCCCAGUAAGGACCACUCACUUGGUGCGCACCAAGUACAACAACUUCGACAUCUAUCUGAAAUCCCGAUGGAUGUAUGGAUUCAUUCGUUUCCUGCUGUACUUCAGCUGCAGCCUGUUUACCUCCAUCCUCUGGGUGGCGCUCUCUAUCUUGUUUUGCCUUCAGUACCUGGGCAUCCGGAUCUUUCUGCGUUUCCAGUACAAACUCUCCAUCAUCCUCCUCUUGUUGGGGCGAAGGCGGGUGGACUUCAGCCUCAUGAAUGAACUGCUCAUCUAUGGAAUUCACGUGACCAUGCUGCUAGUGGGGGGGCUGGGCUGGUGUUUCAUGGUGUUUGUGGAUAUGUAAAUAAAGUGAGCGCAUGUGGGCUCAGGAGGUGACUCUAACUCUACCCCAAAACCUU